AAACAAACUCAGAUUUGUUUAUAUUUUACGAUAGGUACUUUUAUUUGGAUAAUUUAUACGCUUGAUACAUUAUGUAGGUUAGCUCUGAAUCGUGUCUAGGACUAGGCUGCUACACUCGCCACUCAGUCAGGUACCUAUCGAAGGGAUUUCGCCGACUUUCGUAAUCUUGUGGAAACUUGGGCCCGACGAAUGCCGCGACGAGCUGGCAACGUCGCACGCUCGACCGACGACCUCGUGUUAUCGCCACCCGCGGUGACGCGUUACACUGAAAAGGUCACCACUCGCUGCGACGCUUGCCACCGUCCUCCGCUGUCUUUGCCAUCUAAACAAUCACUGUUUCGACAUAGAACACCAUAAGCACACCUUCAAAAAGUAUUAUCUUGCGACGUGGUACUUUUGUGUGGCAUCGCUCGCGUUCCCCCUCCGCGCGGCUCCGCCUCCCCGGCUCAAGCGCCACCGCGCGGCCGGACCGCGCAACUUACACGUCGACUAUACAGCGUUGCCAUUCCGUAUCUAUAAUUUUGCUGCACGUAAAUUUUCGAGCAAAACAGUUCAAUGGACUUUUCGAAAACUACGAAAACGCGUCGUCAAACUUAAAAAGUUAUGUGUAACUCAGGGUAUUUUAGGUGAAUGUGUAUAACUAGUAGUUUUUGUUCUAUUUGUGUUAUUCUAGUGUUCGUUUCGUGUCGGUGCUUGUUGUCCGUGAACAAAGUCCCGUUCGGAGCAUCAACUAAGUUUUUCCAUUAAAAGGUUGCCGGUGCAGUGUGGUGCGGUGUUGUUGUGUGUGUCAGUGUGUGUGUGUGUCGAGGCGAGAGGGCGCGCGAGAUGGCGCGUAGCUAGCGAUCUGCAUCGUGCAGGCAUGCGCGCCGCCUAGCCAUGCCACCGGCCCGACGCCAAUGGCGCAGUACUCACAAAGGACACAGCCAAUGCACAGGCCCGGGCAGUCUGAUCACGGGCACAGCGGCGGCGCGCUGUCGUACGGCGGCAAGCCGGCGGGGACUGUGGUCGCGCCGCCGCAGCCCCGGCCUCCGCCCACAGCGCCCUACGCAUCGCAGCCCUAUCCGCCGGCACAGCUGCGACUGCACCAGCCUGGCUAUGGCUCCGCGGCGCUCUCAUACAGGGAUGGAAGCUACGCCCGAAGCGGUGGUGCGGUGGGAGAGUACCGCAGCGGGGGUCGAAUGUCCCUGCUCGGCGCCGCGUACCUCCCGCCCCCCGCGCCGGCGUCUCAUCACCCGCCCCCUGCCGACCCUCCCCCCUUCAAGAAGAUCCGUCUUACAGCUGAACGUGCGCCCAUCACGCAGUUGACUCAUCACCUGCCCCUCAGGGUUGAUACUAGAGAACCGGUGAACACUUACAACACGGUCGAGGUGCUUUCGCCGAACCCGCCCUCGGAGACCUCCGGCGAGGACCAGACGCUCCGGACCACUAAAGAUGUUCUCCUUAAGCAAAUAUCUAAGGUGGAUCGAGAGAUGGCGCUGGUGGAGACAUCCCUUGCGAAGCUGAAGCGUAAACAGGAGGAACUGCAGCAGUCCGCCUCCAAACCAGCGAGGGCUGAGGAGCCCGAGGAAGCCCCCUCGCGGCAUCGCAGCCUCGCGCAGUGUAUAUACGCAGAGAACAGGAAAAAGGCGGCUGCCGCCCACGCCCAGCUGGACCACCUGGGCCCCCCCGUGCCGUACCCGCUGUACAACCAGCCUCAGGACACGGAGGUCUACCACGAGAACAUUAGGAAGCACAGAUUAUUUAGGAAAAGAUUGAUCGUACAUAUACGGAGAAUAAAGGCUGAGUCAGAAAAGAGAGAAGAUGUAUUAGCAGAUGAGUACACGAAGCGAGCGGCUGAGUGGGCGCGAAGGGUCGAAAGAAUCGAGCAGAGUCAAAAGAGGAAAGCGAAAGACGCGAAGAACAGGGAAUUCUUCGAGAAGGUGUUUCCCGAGCUGAGGAAGCAGCGCGAGGAACGCGAGAGGUUCCACCGGCUCGGAGCCAGGGUGAAGUCUGAGGCGGAGCUGGAGGAGUUGGCGGAUGGCUUGCACGAGCAGGAGCAUGAGGACAAGAAGAUGAGGGCGCUCACCGUGGUGCCGCCGCUCCGCCGGGACCCGCUCGACACCACGCCGAUCUACCUGGACACCAACACCUUGAUCCCGGGGCGAUGUCUCGACAUGAAGUCGGAGCACAAGGAGCUACAGCUCCGCAACAUCUGGUCGCAGAACGAGAGGGAGCUCUUCAGGGAGAAGUACCUUCAGCACCCCAAGAACUUCGGAACGAUAGCCUCGUUCUUACCCAGGAAGAAUGUCAGAGACUGCGUAAGAUUCUACUAUUUAUCGAAGAAGUCUGAGAACUACAAGCAGCUGCUGCGCAAACCCCGGCAGCGUCGCUCGACGCGGAACCCGCAGCGCGCCGCCCCGGAGCCCGACCUGCCCGCCGGCGUCACCACGCGGCUGCAGCGCUCCCAGGGAGCUCGUUGUGCAGACGUGAAGGAACCGGCGAUGGAGGAAGGCGCGGGUGCGGUACUGAUCCCGGAGCCCUCCGCCGUGCCGCUUCCGGCCGGGGCUGCGCCCUCACAGCCACUCAGUUAUGCGGCAAUCAGGGUCGAAUUAGCGAGAACGCCGCCUCUGCCGCCCUCCCCUCCGCCGGCUUCGUCGGCCCCCCUGGCGGUGACCACUUCAUCCUCGAUGCCGCUGACGAUAGCAUCGAUGGACAGCCCCUCCUCCAUCCCCAUACCGCCUACUUCGCCUCCCCCCACUGCAACGCUCAUCGAAAUACCGUUAUUGACGACGGCGGCCACGACCGAAACCACCAUCACGAUCACAGCUUUGAGUUCUGUACAGGAGUCGUCUCCGCCCAGCGCGCCUUCGCCGGUGUCUAUGCCGUCGCCCGCUUCCACACCCGUGUCUACGAGCCCGUCCACAAUCGCGCCGGUGUCGACGUCGUCUUCCUCCAUGACGACGACCGCACCGAGUACGACCACCGUGGCCACGACGACGCCCCCUACCGUGGUCGUGUCGGCCGUGGUCACGUGCACGCCUUCCUCGACGCCGACGUCCGUGCUGGUCCCGGCGCCGGCGGUGACCGCGGUUGCGGCCGCGGGCCCCACCAGUGCGCCCCCCACCCCGCAGCCGGCGAACCCUCCCACGCCAACACAACCCCCUCCAACACCGGAGACAGCGGUUAUAGAGAGGAUAGGGACACCUUCUACAUCGACGACUUCCACCACCACGAGCACCACGACGGUGACCGCGUCCUCGUCGAACUGCGCCGUCUGCAGCGCGCCAGGAGCCACCAGAACCGUCUCGAGGUCAAGGGCUGCUCACUACGGACUUAAGGAGGAGUCGGUAGGGUCUCGCGUGUGUGAGGCGUGUCACUGUCGCUGCGUGAGGUCGCGGUACACACGGUGUCCGGUGCCCACGUGUCCCGGACCGCGCGUCAGAGCGAAGCGGCUGCGCCACUUGCCGCCGCGGUGGCACGACCUCGCCAUCGAACUCAAACGACCACUCAUGGAGGAAUUCCAGAUCCCGAGCGAGUUGAGCAAGUGCUGUUUGUCUUGCCUGAAACGUAUAACUCGGCGGCUGGAGGGCGCGGGCCCGGGCUGCGAGCCGGCCGAGGACGAGUUCAGGGGGUGGCUCCGCGAGCACGGCACCGCCUGGGAACAGAUCGCGGCCGUCAGCGGACGGACGCCCGCCGCCCUCAAGGCUUACUACUUCACCUACAGAAAAAAGCUGCAACUAGACGCAGUGGUGAGCGCCCGCAACAGCGCGAGCGCGGCCGCGCGGUCCACCAGCGAGGAGAGCGGCUCCUCCGAGUCCGAGGGCGCCGCGCCCCCCGCGCCCGCCCCCUGCGCCGCCCUGCCGCCCGCGCCCGCGCCCCGCACCGACGCCGCCGCCCCGCGCCGCCCGCGCAAGGACGAGUACGACUCCUCCGCCACCGAGACCGCGGACGAGGAGAACGACGCGCCCUCCGCCAAGGCCUUACCUUCAGCAUCGGUGUCGACGCCGGCGUGCUCCACGCCCUCCUCCAGCACGUCCACGGCGAGCCCCCUCACGCCGACCGCCCCCGCCACCACGGGCAACGUGACCACCUCGCCCAUCACCUCCAUAGCCACGAGCGUGCUGACCACGGCGGGCGGCUCGACCGUGCUCACGCCGGUGAGCGGGCCCGGCGUGCUCAGCAGCACGGGCAGCGCGCUGCGGUCCACGGGCGCCGCCCCGCAAACCGUCAGGGACGUCGUGCUCAACAUCAUAGAGUUCAGUCUCACGAGGGAAUCGCAGCCUCCGCCCAUUAAAUCUCAUCAUCUUAAGACUCCGUCAUCGACGCCGAACAGAUCGAGCAACGACAGCCUGGCGACCCUCACGGUGGUGAACAGCAGUCACGGCGGCCACGGUGGGCACGGUGGGCACGGUGGGCACGGCAGCCCGUCGCCCCGCUCCCCGCGCCCCACGGCCACCAUCACGCCGGUGUCGGGCGACAAGGACGGCGUGGUGGUGCUCAUCGAGCCCCGCCCGGACUCGCUGCUGGACCUCACCGUCAAGAGGACCGACAGGAGGUCCGACCUCGCCUUCCCGACGCCUGCUAAGACGAACGCGUACAGAAAUUCCGAAUACGCUCAGUACAGAAGCGAAAGAGAAUCUCCUAAUCAAUACAGCACUAAGAAGGUCAUCAUGAACUCCAGUGUGAGAGCCCUGAAGAACGUGACAAAUCCGAAGGGGUCCAUCACCCUGGGCACGCCGGUCGAGACCAGAUACGAGCCCAAGGCCGGGUCCAUCACGGCCGGCACGCCCGUCCACCCGCACCACCUGCACGACAAGAAGUUCGACCAGUACUACAAGAGGCGGAGCCCCGGCGGCGCCGCCUACUACGCAGCUCAGCCUCGGCCGCAGUCGCCCUCGUUCUCGCAGUCCGGCAGCAGCUACGGCCGCAACCCUCACGUGCUGGAGCAGCGCUCGAUCAUAAUGGCGGACUUCAUCACCUCCCAGCAGAUGCACGCCGGGGCCAGGCGGGAGCGGGCCGACAGCGACUACCCCGCACAGCAUCCCGCCCAAACGCAACAUCCUGCUCAACAUCCUACCCAGCAUCCGGCUCAGCAUCCAGCUCAGCAUCCGAACCAACAUCCUGCCCAGCAUCCUGCCCAGCAUCCUACCCAGCAUCCUACCCAGCAUCCUACCCAACACGCCGCCCCGCACUACUCGCGGCGGGAGCCCGUGUCCGUCAUCCAGCGUCACUCCGCGGGCCACGGGCUGUACCCUCACCACGCGCCGCCAGGCCACGAGGCGUUCACGUCGCUGGUGAACGUAGCGUCCGCGGCCACUGCGCUGCCCGUCCCGGGGGGCGAGCCCAAGCCCGACACCAAGACCCAGCACCACUCCUCGCACGACGUCAGAUUACGAGAACUGGGAAUGUCUCAGAAAUACCACACGAUGCCUCAAUAUCAGGUCAUCGACCGAAGAACGAAGCACCAACAAUAUACAAUGGAGAGGGAUAUCCAGAUGGCCAUGCAACAAAGGAGAGAUAGCGACCGAGCGAUGGAGAGGCACGAGGCUCAUCCCGCACACCCGCAGCUGCUGCACGAGCGACACCUGCUGCCGCACGCGCAGAACGUUUCGUCCCAAGAGAGUCGGCUGGUGACCUCCGGGACGUACAGCACCGCCAAGCACCGCGCGCAAACACCGCACUACCUCGACAGGAAAGACGUGCGUGCGGUAGUAUCGUCAGCGGGCUCGUUGUCGGCGGGGGUGGUGGGGGUGGCGGGCGUCCCGGGGGCGGGGGGCGUGGCCGGGGCGGCGGGGGCGGCGGGGGACCAGCGCUCCGGGACCCUCACCGCAGCCUCACUGAUCGACGCCAUCAUCACGCACCAAAUCAACCAGAGCUCGGACCAGCGAUUUCCGUCUGGGCGUGAGUGCGACAACGGCGCCCUGCCCCCCGUGGAGCGCGUGGGGGAGCGCGGGGGGGAGCGCGUGGGGGAGCGCGUGCUGGAGCGGGGGGGAGAGCGGGUGGGGGAGCGCGCGGGGGAGCGGGAGGAGCUGGCGGCGCACAAGACCAGCUUCAAGCUCGGCGACCUCGCCUCCAACAUCAUCACGCGGGACUACUGCAGCCCCUCCGCCUCGCUCAUACACAAUAGUCGGUUCCCGACGGUGUCCAGCUCCGAGGGGUACAGCCCGAGCGUGAGCUCCCACCUCAGCGUGUCCAGCUCCGUGGACGAGUGGAAGCGGCGGGACCCCCCCAACCACGCGCCCUACCUGGAGCCCGUCUCGCCGCCAGACAACCAUCAUACUAAUCAUCAUGCUAACCGAAGUAGCAGCAGUAGUAGCACAGUGAGCGGCGUGGGCGGCGGGGGGGCCGGGGGCGCGGGGCGGCGCUACGGGGCGGGGGGCGCCUCCGGGAGCGGCGUCAUGACCGCCUUCGACUACGUGACGACGCGCAUCGUCGAGGUCAUGCGCAGCGACGCCGACAAGCUCACGUUCCCGGCCACGCCUUACGCCUACCCGUACUCCGCCCUCACGGUGGGCGAGGGCGGCGCUCCCGGGGCGCCCGCCCCCGCGCCCCCGCCCCCCGCGCCCGCCCCCGAGCCGGCGCCCCUCAUGUCGGCGCAGUACGAGCCGCUCUCGGACGAGGACUGACGGCCCCGCGCGCGCGCGCACCCCCCCACCGGGUAGCGCGCCGCCCCCCUCGUCCCCUGCAGUCUUCCACAGCCGAGACCGCGGUCUGCGGCUCCUAACGACGACGCGUUUCUCGAUUUUGAUGUGAACUUAUAACCCUUCGACGCCCGCCGCCACCGUCCCACGGGCGGGGGGCCGCCCCCCUGCCGGUUGGGGGGCCGCCCCCACCGGGCGAGGGCGGUGGCGGCGGCGGCCUUCGAUUCUCGACGCACGUUUUCGAAAACGUUGAACUGUUCAAAACAAACCUAUAAAUAGUGUACGCUCGGAUUAAGGUCUAGGAUGUAGCGAAACGGUAAAUUAUACAUAUGUAAAAGUACGGUUAUAAUGUAUAUGCAUUUGUAAUUAUACAGGAUAGAUAAGACUUACGUAUAGAGAUUUCUUUUUUUUUUGUUGUUGUUGUUGUUGUCGGCGGGCGGGGGGGUGCGGGGAGGGGGCGGCGCCGGACAACGAAACGUUUUGUAAAUUUUGUACACGUUAAUGUUUUAGUUUGAGCGAGCGCCCGCCCGGCCGCGCUCCCUAUGUGAUUUCUUUAUAAAAAUGUAAUGUAUAAUGUAAGUAGCCGAAAAGAUAAUCAUUGUAAAAACGGUCCGACCAUGCGAAAACGAAGUUUUGGGAGGACAGAUCAAUAAAUAAGAUGCGAAUCAUAAUUAAUGAAUUUUUAUUCAAUCCCUUCCCGGCUGCGGCCUAUAACGUACUGUGUACAUCGGCACGAAGCAAACAAAUUAAUCUAUCAAUUUAAAAUCUACAUUUCAUGUUUCGUAAGGAAACCUAAUUCAUCGAGUGGCAACACCUUUAAACUUCACUUAUUGUAGAUAUUGAGAAGUAAAGUGAAAUAAGACCACGCUGUCUUCAUGAUCUGUAACAAAUUACAU